GCUAAACCGCCACGUAGCGCGAGAGCUCGGUCGCAGCCGGCCUCCAGUUUUGGAUUUUUUUUAUAUAUCCCCAGUAUAAAAAGUAGCUAACAGGGCUAGCAGCUGCAGCCCGCUAGCGUGUCCCUUAACUGCAGGCGGCCGGAAAGAACUCGCUAACACUAAACAAAUUAGUGGGUUUUUCCUCCUUCUUUUUCUGUGGAUCUUCUUUUACUCUCUUGCAAGUUAGAGUGGAGGAGUGCACGCGCCUAGAGAGAGGGCGCUCGCGCUACGGGUGAGAAGCAGUGCAACGACGAGAAGUGCGGAGCAGCCCUCUCUCUCCUUCCCUACCGCCACAAGUUAAUUUUUUUGCGUUUUUGCAUUUUCUUAUUUUUCCACGGAAAUGGCAAGCGCGCACUCCCGCGAGACCCUCACAAGAGCAGCCGUGCAGGCUGUAAAUGGAAGCAGGCUUCUGAAGCAGAUCUGGCAGGCUGCUAUGACUGUGAGAGGUUAAUCUCAGCAUAGAAUCCUUGGCAUCUUCAACUGAUUCAGCAGAUAUUAGCAGUGGUUGGGAGGUCCAUACUGUCAUCUACAAAGAGCUCUCGGGACAAGCGGUGGAGGCACGAUCACCUCUGACCCAGGAGCAGCUUUGGCCCAGCAUGAGCACGGCGCACAUGUGAUUGGCUUCGUAGAAAAAGGGAAGCCACGGAUCUGCUGAACCUUUCUCUCCAUCCGUCUUCUGAUGCGGAGGCCAUGGAGGCUCAGUUUGGUUUAGGUUGAGGUGUCGCUGGGGUCCCACCCCUUCCUUUCCUCUCCUGUCUCCACCCCUCCUCUUGCACUCUCAGGGAGGGGUAGGAUCUGACCCUCUUUGCUUCUUUUUAUCUGCCUAGAGGAAACACGAGCCACGCUGAGAGAACAGUACAGGCAACACACAAAGCUCUCGCUCUCUCGACACACACACUUGACAUCAAACACAUACCGAUGAAGUCGUGCCAGACCCUAAAGGAAGAGGUAUCUGAUCUAGAAGCCAUGUCGCAGGACGAAGGGCAAAGGGCUCAUCCUGCACAGACCUACUACCACCACCACCACACCCCUACAGCGGACAGCGACCUAUCAGCGAAGCUCUACAGGCAGGAGGCCGGGGCCAAGCCCUUCUCAGUGUUGGUCGACAACAAGAUGGCUGCCAAAUCAGUAACGCAGGUGACCCCUAACCUAGACCCAAACCCGAACGUUCCCCUCCAGCAGUACUACAAAGAAGGUUCCGGGCCUGCCGGGUCCGAGGGAGCCACGAGAGCUGGACCCACGAACGAAGGAACUUCCGAAGGCACAGAAGAAGAGGAUGAAGGCCAGGAGGAGGAGGAAGAGGAAGAGGAGUUUAGCAAACGAACGCAAAUCAUAGUGGAGGUGAACCUCAACAACCAGACCUUGCACGUUUCUAAAGGAGAGAAGAGUAGCCCAGCGAACCCUGCCGGAGAGGCAAAAAGCAACAGUGAAGAGGAGGAAGAAGAGGAGGAGGAGGAGGAGGAAGAAGAGGAAGUGGAGGAGGAAGACAGCAUAGAAGAGGAAAGUUCAGAGGAAGAGGAGGAUCUGGAUGAAGACGAGGAAGAAGAGAACGGGAGCCGAAGACCGAGGGCCAAGCGGCCACUCCGAGGUCGAAUCAGAGCCAAGCCACGCCGAAAGACCCGGCGUGUAACCAAGCCAUCCACUGCUGUAGCAACUGCAGUUACCACUGGCAUGACCACCAGGGGGCGGAGGAAGAGUGCCGAAGUCCCGCCCCAAAAGCGCAGAUCCAGCCGUGAUGGAAAGAGCUCCGCCCCUUCCUCCGCAUCAGGAGGUGCGGGAAAAGGCGAUGGAGAGGAGCGUGAGACAUUGACCUGUGAGAAAUGCCCGCGUGUGUUCAACACGCGCUGGUACCUGGAGAAGCACAUGAAUGUCACGCACAGGCGCAUGCAGAUCUGCGACAAGUGCGGGAAGAAGUUUGUGCUGGAAAGCGAGCUGGCGCUGCAUCAGCAAACGGACUGCGAGAAGAACAUACAGUGUGUUUCGUGUAAUAAAUCCUUUAAGAAGCUGUGGUCUCUUCAUGAGCACAUUAAGAUUGUCCAUGGCUUUGCCGAGAAGAAAUUUGCCUGUGAGAUCUGUGAGAAGAAGUUCUACACAAUGGCCCAUGUCCGCAAGCACAUGGUCGCUCACACUAAGGACAUGCCGUUUACCUGUGAAACCUGUGGAAAAUCCUUUAAGCGCAGCAUGUCUCUAAAGGUGCACUCGCUUCAGCACUCAGGAGAAAAGCCUUUCCGCUGUGAGAACUGUGAUGAGAGGUUCCAGUAUAAGUAUCAGCUGCGCUCCCAUAUGAGCAUCCACAUCGGACACAAGCAGUUCAUGUGCCAGUGGUGUGGCAAAGACUUCAACAUGAAGCAGUAUUUCGAUGAGCAUAUGAAGACGCACACAGGUGAGAAGCCGUUUAUCUGCGAGAUCUGCGGGAAGAGCUUCACCAGUCGGCCGAAUAUGAAGCGCCACCGCAGAACACACACCGGAGAGAAGCCUUAUCCGUGCGAGGUGUGCGGCCAGCGCUUCCGCUUCUCCAACAUGCUCAAAGCGCAUCGUGAAAAGUGCUUCCGGGUCACCAGCCCCAUGACCCUGCAGCCCUCCACCAUGCCCCUUCCCAUCCAUAUACCAGGCCACACCCCCUCUUCCUCUGGCCACUCCCCCAGCACACCCCAGCCGUCCCAGGCCACUUCCAACAUUGCGACGGUCGGUCAGGGAAUGAUCGGCUCCGCCCCCGGGACCCUCGGUCAGAGAGGAGGGAUUGGACACGGCUUUUCUCAUUUGCAUAUGCCGGCCGCACCCACACAGCACCAUCAAUCGCACACCCACACCCCUGUCCAUCACUCUGGACACACCCCCAUGUCGAGUCAGCACCUUUCCGUCCCAUCCUCUCUUCUGCCCCCGCCUCCUGCCCUGUUUAAGAGCGAGCCAAUCAACCACUGCGCACACGAGGAGACGUAUCUGAGACAAGGGUCUGCGCAGCACCACUGAAAACUACGCAGAACCACCAUGCAGAAACAUGCAAAACCACGUAAAACCGCACAACACAGUCUGCCCUCCCCUCAGCCAAGAGAAGAGGGCACAGCUUCUCAGAUACAUACUGUCAGCUCAAUACUGUAAGGAUGGAAUUCAGCGUUAAUGUGUUUCUGAGGAAGAAACACUCAAUCGCUUACUGUCGGCAGAAGCUCACACAUGAUCAGAAACGAUUCUUCAGAUGAUGACCUCAAUAAACUCUCUCUUUCUCUCUCAAAAGAAAGUUCUUACAGACAAAUUUACAAAGCAUCGUUUUACACCUCAAAUACCGUUACGGAUCGAUUCCACUUACAUCAUAAUGAUGAAAACCUGCCACUGCAUUCAGUUGGCACAUCUCUCUCAGUCUCGGGCUCUUGUUUCUCUCUAUUGCUGUCUCUUUGUGCCUCUCGCGCUUUCCCUUGCACUUUCUCUUGCUCUACCGUUUUUCUCUGUUUUGCUUUGUUCUCUUGUAGUCUUGCGCUCGUGUUUUCACUCUUGUCUCACCUUCUCUCAUUCUCGUGCUGUGUCUUUUCCGUGCCUCACUCCUUCUUUUCUUGGCUCUCACGUUUCUUUUUCUCUGGCUAUCCUGUCCCAUCCUUUCUCUACCUAUUUUUUUGUUUUAUCUCCUUUUUUUCUUUUUUUUUUACACAUUUGUCUCUCUUCAAAUCAAAUCAAAUGUAUUUGUAUAGCGCUUUUUACAACUGGUGUUGUCACAAAGCAGCUUUACAGAAACAUGAUCACAGGACAAAGAAUCAGGCAAAACAUUAAACACAGAAAAUACUCUCUUCAGUUUUCCUUUUCUUUUCUCUCCAUCUCCCCCCUUGCUCUCUGUGGCAUGUUCUUGCUUCUUUUUCACCUCAGCUCCUUAUUGCCUUCUUCUCUCUUGCUCUGUUUUUUUUUUGACAGACUCUUUUACAUAUUCUCGCUCCCUGUUCUCUUGCUCUUCAUUCCCCUGUUCUCAUUCUCUUUUCUCUCGCUGCCUCUCAAGCUUCUCCUUUCUAGCUUUAUUACAGAUUUUCUUACAAACAUUCUUUCAGUAUUUCUCUCACUCUUUCUCUCUUAGCUGCUGCUGCCAAGGUUCUACGGGUUUUAAACAUCCACUUGUGGAAGCUCUUACGUUCAGAGAAAUUCACUUUUACGAAUACAAAAUGCAGUUCAGGAUUCUCUACACGGGAAAAAUACACCUUUUUAUCGUAUAUAAAUAUAUAUAUAUUCAAACACUUGUUUGUGCGUGUCUACAAACCCACACAUGCAGACUUUUGGCACUUAAACUCAGUAGAUAAGGUAACAUUUACUUUGUUGUUUCUUGGUUGUCGUCAAAUCGAUCGUGUUCCACUAAAGAAAAAGUCUACGUUGAUGAAUUGCUGUUGAAGCGAGGGUGCGUUCUAGAAAAGACCCUCGGGUGCGUCCUGGAAAAUCUUUUCAAUGCGGUCGGAGGAAUGUGACUGUUGAGAAUGACCAAUGCUGUGAUGUGUCAUGAGGAACUGAAAGACAUGAUGGAGGAAAAAAAGCGAAUAAUUCAUUAAUUGUGUUCUAUAUGAUCUAACCCACUUACCUGACAUUUUUAUUUGUAAACUUUGUUACUGUUUUUAAGAGGAAAUUUCUAAGUGUGAGUGUGUUUUGGGGCUUAAGAAAAGAGAAGAGGUUUAUUUGUACUCGUUUUUUCAAUAGAAUGUGCAGGAUGGGCACUGUAGUGAGCAGCGACGCGUGUGUAUCUGUGUCGGUAGACCCCUGACGACGGUGCUGGUGUUGUUGAAAGCUGCUUGUUAAGUUCUCUUUCUUUUACAUGACUGUCCAUUAUGUAGAUGAUGAUCAUAAGGAUGUGUGAGUUUGUGUAAGUGUGAGUGCAUGCACAAAGUGGGUUUGGAAAGAUUGCGAGUGCAAAACAAAAGGUUCUCUCGCUGGCCUUUUCUUUUGGUUGAUAAAAUGUUGGAUGUGUAUGAGUGUGUGUGUGUGUGUAUAAAUGUGUGUGUGUAUAAAUGUGUGUUAAAGCCCUAUUUUCUUUGUCUAUUCUCUGCACUUUACUGCUGCAUUACAGGUUUGAACUGAAACUGACAGAACAUAGCUGAUGGUGUCCAGCGGCUGAGUGUGUGUGUAUGUGUUUGUGUGUGUGUGUGUGUGAGAGACCUGUGAGUUAGAUGGUUGGGUUUUGGAAAGGGAGGAGAAUCAGUAAUGAGCCGCACUGAUUGUGUUGAGGUUCUGUUUUUUUUUGUUGGUUUGUUUUUGUUUUAUUCUUUUAACUGUUCUGCACUCUUGAAAAUAAAGGUGCUACAAAAGGUUCUUCUUGAGUGAUAUCUUAGGCUCUUUGAAUGGUUCUGAACACUGAGGGUCACCAAAACGGUCCUGAAAAAGAACGCUUACAAACCUGGCUGGGCCUGGUUUGCUCAGCAUGCUGACUAAUCAUACUUCCCCACAGAAUCGAUUGGGUAGCUGGGAUUUGCUAAUGUAACAGAAGUCAUAUGGGUAGCAUAUGGGCUAAUGCUGCUAUAGCAAAGUGGGAUGAGGCUGGUAGCCAGCAUGCUAAGCUGUUGUGAAAGCUCAUAGUAUUCCAUUUCACAUUUAGUUAGUAUGAUGUUCUAUUUUAGUUUUCUUCUAGUCUCAGCAACAGUUGCAAGCAAAAGUAGUUAGUUAGUUAGCAUUUUCUGGAAUUUGAGGUUUAUUAAUUUUCCAGUGUGAGGACAAUGGUAUCCAUAAUUUUAGGAGCAGAGCUGCAGUCGAAAAACUUGUCUUAGAAAUAAACUAGUGAACCAUGUCUAUUGUUGUAAACCUUUUGUAGCACAUUUAUUAUUAAAAGAGUGAUUUACUACCCUGGUUUCUUUUCAUAGAUCCUGCUCCUGUUUGUACCAAUUUGCCAAGUCUUAUCAAGGCCUGUCACAAUAAUUCUGAUAAUUAUGUCUCAUUUUAGCAGACCAAUUGUGUUUAAUUUGUGAGGAGAACCUCAUUACUGUGAACAAGCUGGUUUUGACAUAUGUCUGUUUAAAAUAGUGAUCUUGUUUUUAUUAAUGUUUUAUUCAUUAGGGAAUUUUAACCUUUUUUUUUCAACAUCUGAAUAUUCUAAAUAAUGAAAAGCUCACUGCUCUUUUAAAAAAAACAAUUGUCUACUAUUUUAGUGUCCUAUCAUAUUGGCAUAAAAUCAAAAACUUAUUACAAUUACUCUGAAUCGACUUUAAAAAAAAAGGUUAUGGUUCUCAUGACGGGCAUAGUGUUAUCUUUUUAUUUAGACAGUUUUAUUUGAUUUUUUUUUUGUUAAAAGUUCUGUUUCUCCUCCUUUUCCCCUGGUUGAUGGAAUGCACUUUCUACUUAAAACUUUCUAGUUACGACAUAUAACCAGACCAUGUUAAUGUAACGCUCUGGAGAGACUUUUGAACCCAGAGGACUCGUCCCUGUCCCCCCUCCCCCCCACCCCCUGUUUCUACCACUCAACUGUAGCAGUGUGUGUGAUUGCAUCACUGUGUCUGGUACUCAGAUGUGCAGCUUUGCCAACUUCCAACUUCCGAGUUUCAUUUUAUUGUUUUUUUUUUUGUUUUGUUUUUUUCUUCUUUUGAUCAUUUAUAUAUCUAUAAAAAAGAUGGACAUGUAUUACUGACGGGCCUUUUUUAUAAUGUUCAUUUAACACAUACUUUCUGCUAACUUUAGGAAGUAAAAGAUUAAGUAGCCAUA